AUGGAAGAACUCGAGCCCAAAAAUAACGAAGAAAAUCAUGCCUUGGAAAUGACCGAUUCACGAUUGAGUUGGGCUCAUUAUGUGUGCCGCGAAGCCCAUACAGAAACUACAGAAGAGCGGAACACUGUGCGAGCUAUGAACCCUAAUAAAACCGGCUGCAGUUGGGCUCAGUAUGUGUGCCGUGAAGCCCAUACAGAAACUACGGAAGCGCUGUCACUGUGCGAGCCAAAUACCCUAAGAAAACCGACUCCAGUUGGGCUGAUAUUGUGUGCCGCGAAGCCCUUACAGAAACUACAGAAGCGUGGUACACUGUGCGAGCCACGUAACCUGAUAGAACCAUUUGCAGUUAGGCUCAGUAUGUGUGUCGCGGAGCCUAUAGAGAAACUACAGAAAAGCGGUACACUGAUGAAACCAGAUCUUGGUCCAACCUGGUGUAAAGUAUGUGGAAAACUAUUCAAGAACAUCUAUUCACUCAAGUCACAUAGACGUCAACAAUGUGGAGUAGAAGCAAGACACGAAUGCACAUUGUGCCUGAAGAAAUUCAAGAGGACGAUUCAUCAAAUUGAAAACAAACAGGGUCAACCACAACAAAAUCAACCAUCAAUAACGACAAAUAUAAUACCAUACAUUCCCGGCAUAUCUGAAAAAAUAAAACUUGUUGGUGAUAAAUUUCAAGUGAAAACUGUGUUCAAAACUGACAAUACAAUGAGAUCAAUUCUAACUCAAACAAAGCCGAAAAAUGAAGAACAAUCGUCAAAAAAUUGUAUUUACAGUAUACCUUGUGUUUGUGGAAAGUUUUAUACAGGUGAAACCAAGAGACCUCUUUCAGUAAGGACGAAGGAACAUGAGUACAAUAUGAAGAAAAGAAACACUGAUAAAUCGAAACUAGCUGAACAUAUCCUCACUGAAGACGGACAACAUAUGGCAAAGUGGAAUAAUAUUAAAAUCAUUGAAAAAGAAGAUAACAACCAGAAGAGAAAAAUCAAGGAAUCUGCUUGCAUUCUUCUGAACGGAGACAAUAGCAUUGCUUCUUGUUCAGUUGAUAUAGACAGAACAUGGUAUUCACUACUAAAAUCUGAACAUGAAAAUGAUAAAUUCAAAAUUAAUUAA